UUGACCAGCCUAGUGCCCGGAGACGGGCGGAAGUGAUGCGCGUCGCUUCGUUACGUUUACAUUCUGUUCCCGACGUCGCGUUGUGCGGAGCCAUUACCCUCGUCCGCAAGCAUCGUGCCAUAUUCCCACUCGCGCCCUGAAAUUGACCGCGUUCUCGUAGUUUUAAGUGAAAUAUUAUGAGAGUGAAGACCGAAAUGGACGACGACGAAAAGGGAAAAUUGUUCGUUGGUGGAUUAUCGUGGGAGACAACCCAGGAAAAUCUCCAACGCUACUUCGGCCGUUACGGCGAGGUCAUCGAUUGCGUUGUUAUGAAGAACAGCGAGUCCGGGCGUAGUCGUGGAUUUGGAUUUGUGACGUUCAGCGACCCGGCCAAUGUUUCCCUGGUCCUUCAGAACGGUCCCCAUCAGCUGGACGGACGUACGAUCGAUCCGAAGCCAUGUAAUCCACGUACUCUGCAAAAGCCAAAACGCAGCGGUGGUUUCCCGAAGGUCUUUCUUGGUGGCUUGCCAAGUAACGUGACGGAGACUGACUUGAGAUCUUAUUUUACUCGCUUUGGUAAAGUCAUGGAAGUUGUCAUAAUGUAUGACCAGGAGAAGAAGAAAUCGAGAGGAUUCGGCUUUCUCAGCUUUGAGGAUGAAGAAGCAGUGGACCGAUGUGUUGCGGAACAUUUUGUCAACUUGAAUGGAAAGCAGGUUGAGAUCAAAAGGGCAGAACCACGGGACUCGUCGAGCAAAAUGAACGAUAGUCAUCAGGGUCAGUGGGGUCCACCUCAACAGGGUGGCCCGCCGAUGGGAAUGGCCGGAAAUAUGGGGCCUAUGGGCGGACCGAACGGGCAGAUGGGUGGACCCAUGAUGGGAGGACCCAUGGGUCCGCCUGGUAACAUGAUGCAACAGUACCAGGGCUGGGGCACCAGUCCGCAAAGUGGAUACGCGGGCUACAGCACCCAGUAUAACGCUCAGGGCUGGGGCGCGCCACCGGGACCGCCGCAGCAGCAGCAAAUCCCACCGCCGCCGCCGCAUCAAUGGGGUAGCAGUUACAAUGUUCAACCCGCUGCGGCUACCCAGGGUUACGGAAGCUAUGGUGACAUGUACUCACGGCAAAAUACCGGUUCGGGCGCGCCGGGAUCCAGCAGCAGUUCGGCCAAGACUCCAGAUUACACUGGGUACUCUGCGUACAGUAAUUAUGCUGAUACUUCUUAUCCUCAGCGUUCGUAUCAAGGAGGAGAAAAUAGUCAAGCGCGAGUAGACGGGAUAGGGGAAGAGAGUGCGAGUGGCAGAAAGCGAAAAAGAAUGCGAGAGAAUGGCUGCGUGAGACUGGACGCGCACAAUUUCCGGCCGGAUUCACCCCGUGCGCGUGUCACGCGCCGGUUGCAUCUCUCAACAGUUUCGAUUAUACAUCACAACUUGUUAACUUUAUAGCGGUGACUUUGAGCUCGUUUCUCCAGCAAUCGAGAAUGGCGCGCAGUAAGAUUACCGAGUAAGGAUUAAUUAAUUAAAUUAGCCAGAAGUAAGUGUGUGCUCGGUUUAUACAGUAAGAUUAACUAAGCCACCGUCACAUAUGUUAGCUGUACGAUUUUCAUUAUUAAGCUAACAUUAAAUUUUAUCGCUUAACCUUUAGAGUGUAGUAUCUUUGUAGUAAGUCUUAAGGUGUGUCCCGCUUUUUUAUGGAUAUACAUGUUACCUUUAAUCGUGACGAUGUUUCUAUAAUUGUCUUAAGUGAUUAAACGUUAAAAGUAUAAGCCAUUAAACGACUUCCAUUUAACGCUUUUCAAUUGCAAAUGUUACAAAAUAACGAGUCUAUAACGGUGAUGUCUAUUACGGUCUGCGAGAAAAUUGAAUUUAUUAGUCAUUUUUUUGCUUUUUUUACAACUCAUUUAAAUUCUUUACCUUCAAGUUAGACAAAAGUGGGCUAGAAUAUCAUUCUAAACUAUUAAAUUACGUAGAUUGUUAAUUAUUCGUUUCAUAUCGCUGGAUUAGUUUCGAAGAGUCACAUUCUUUUCAACUCUAUGAUAUUUGAGCGACAUACUUUUCUCAGUGCAAAAACGUUUUGACGGCGAUAAGAUUGAAUUGGAAAGCGUUAAAAGGGGAAUCGAUGAAUCGCGAUGACGCUCCGGUUUUACGCCUGCCGUGAACGGGGACCGGUAAGGUCGGUGCGAACGAGUUGACCCGUUUUUCAGGGCGUCCCUUUUUUUUGCAAAUUAGUCACGAACUCGUCGCGAUCCGAAACUUGUCUGGAGGUCCUAAAAGCCGCCGCUCUAUGACGCACGCUCGGAUCUCUCGGAAAGAAGAUGUGUGUAAUCUCUUUCGAGAUCUAGGUCGGUGAUAUUAAUUCAGCCCGUUUGCUCUCGAGUUUUCAAAUUACCCUCCGCAAAACUCCAUUCAUCCAUAUCUACCCAUUUGUUCAUCCAUCUGUCCGUCCACCCAUCCAUCUAUUUAUCUAUCCGUCCGUUCAACCAUCCAUUCAUCCGUCUACUUAUCUAUCCAUCCGUUCAACCACCCAUUCAUUCAUCCACAUCGAUCGAUCUAUUCAUCCACCCAUCCAUUCUGCGCCUCAGAUCGUUUCAGAAGCGAGACAUAUAUUCUCUGAUCCUACUUGGUAUCUUCAAACUUCUUUCCCUCGGGUUUCACUUUUACUCGCCCCAAAUAGCUUUCCUCUUCUGCCUUUUCUUCUUUGUUUUUACUUUACUUUCUCACAUUGCUACUUGUCUCUGUAUAUCUACAUAUAUUAUUGCAGAGUUGAUUAAAUAUUCAAAUCCAAGCGAUAUAAAAGAAAGUAAUAUCAAUCUUGUACAUUUCCUAUUAUUUGUUGUAUCUUUUUAAUUAAUUCCACAUUAAACGGAUAUAUUUCUUUAAAAGAUCUUAAAAAAUUUAUUAAAAUUCACGCAAUUUUUUUGCUCGUGUAAAGUGUUUACUUUUGCAUAUAUAUCGCGGAUCAUGCUUUUUAAUUGUUUGUGAAAAGUUAUCCGGUGAACUCUACUUUUAUUUAUCUUUCCUAUUUUUCGGUAAUACCACGUUUAUGGUUGCAAUUACUACUAAUAAAAAAGCACGUUACAAUUAUUGUUUUAUUAUCAAAUUGGUAAUUAUUUGAUCGCAAAUGUUCAUUAUCGAUUAAAUUUGUAGUAUGUGACGACUUUAGAUGCCCUGAUUAGUCUCCGUUCUCCGUUCUAACUUCUUUUUUUUCACCUAAUUCCAACAAUCUUAAUUCUUUGCAGUCCUAUAUUCACGUUAAAAACAUUAUCUCCAUGCUGCUACAAUAUUUUGUAAUAUAAAAUACUUUUAACAACUUGGAAUUAACACAAACAUUAUAAAUGUAUCUAAUUAUUCGAACUAACUGUAAUAAAUGUCUCUCUCUCUCUAAAUACAGGAACGUCAAUAAAAUAAUUUAUCACGUGAUAUUCAAAUAUAUACAGGGUGACUCUGAAAGACCGCCCAUUAAUUACACAGCGUUGUUUCCUAUUACAAACUGAGCCGAAAAGUCCUGAACCAUUUCUCUCUAUAAUGCUUAAUAAAAAAAACAAAAUUGUUAAGUAAAGUCGUACGAAUUAGCGCCGAUCUUUAGCCGGGAGCACGUCAAUGAACCACGUGCUUAGUAGUGUACGUCGCAAACUACUAAGCACGCGGCUCAUUGACGUGCGCCCGGCU